GCAGCCAGGUCACGGGUGACAAGGAUAAGACAGCUUCACUCAGAAAGAAUUGUCAUCCGAAGCUGUAGAGAGGACGUCUCCUGCCUCUGGGUCACAGUUCUCAGGAUGGAGCUGGCAAUGCUACAGACACUUGUUCUGUUGGCGCUGGGAAUGCACUGCCGGUGGGCCUCAGGUUUCCCGGUGUACGAUUUCGACCCUUCCUCCCUGCAGGAAGCCCUCAAGGCCUCCGUGGCAAAGGUGAACUCUCAGUCCCUGAGUCCUUACCUGUUUCAGGCGAUCCGGAAUUCCUUGAAGAGAGUCAAUGUCCUGGAUGAAGACACCUUGGUCAUGAACUUGGAGUUCAGUGUUCAGGAAACUACAUGUCUAAGAGAUUCUAGCGAUACCUCCUCCUGUACAUUCCAAAGGGGCUACUAUGUGCCAACAGCUGCUUGCAGGAGCACUGUGCAGAUGUCCAAGGGACAGGUGCAGGACGUGUGGGCUCACUGCCGCUGGGCCUCCACAUCUGAGUCCAACAGCAGUGAAGAGAUGUUUUUUGGGGACAUGCCAAGAUCCUAUAGACGGAGAAACGAUUAUCUGCUUGGUUUUCUUUCUGAUGCAGCCAGAGAUGAACGAUUCCAGGAGCGCUCACUUGAGACGGUGAGAAGGGGGCAUCCUCCCACACACAGAAGGUUCCAGAACCUCCAACACAGAGCAAGAAUAAAUUCUGGCUUUGAGUGACAUUCCUGGAGAAUCCGUGAAAGGAAGAGAAGCUGAAGCGGCAAUGAAGAAAGACAUGUGAUGAAUUGUGUCAUUUUCCCUUUGAUAAGCUCCACUAUGCAAUAAACAUCUUUGUCUUCCCAUAA